AUGUUCAGUGAACUGGUGCGGGCAACUGUGAAAAUAAUGCAACGAACAUAUGGUAGUACUGCAAAUGAUGUAGUUGGCAAACAAUUAAGUGUAAACGCAGAACUGAGCCCAAUUUCAGUGAAAUGGCAGAAUGCGCAAAUAGUAGCAGUGGAAAAGCUUAAGAGAGGGGAAGUAAUUGCGAUACCAACUGAUACUGUGUAUGGGCUUGCUUGCAGUGCCAACAAUCCAGUAGCAAUACACCGGCUAUACAACAUAAAAGGACGGACAGAGCUGAAACCCGUGGCUAUAUGUGUGGCAACUAUAGAUGAUCUUAAACUAUGGGGCGAGACAGAGCAUUUGACCCAUCAUCUAUUGGAUGAACUUCUACCAGGAGCGGUGACUAUAGUUGUAAAACGUUCGCCCAAUUUAAAUCCAUUGCUAAAUCCUGAUGUGUCAAAAAUAGGCAUAAGAAUUACGGAGAACAGAUUUAUACAGGAUGUAUGUGCAGCGUUUAACGAACCCAUAGUACUGACUAGUGCGAACAAGAGUUCCAAUAAAAGUACACUGAACGUACAAGAGUUCCAAGAUCUAUGGCCUCAUCUGGGGGCAGUGUUCGAUGGAGGACAGCUAGGGUUGUCGGAAGAGCAAAGAGCAGCAUCCACAGUGAUUGAUUUAUCAUCACGGAAUUUCUAUAGCAUUAUACGGUAUGGGGUGUCGGUGGAGAAAAUUAUUGAUAUAGUCGAAAAACAUGGCAUCCGUCAAAGCGAUGUCUAGUAUCAACAAAACGCUUAUAAUUACGGCUACUAACAGAAUUACGCAAAGAUGUAUAACAAAAAAGAAUUUUUCUGUGCUUUUCCCAUUCUUAAUAAAAACAAUCAGCUACAGACAUCA